CGUGAUUCUUAUAAGAAAUUAGCUUGUUCCGAAAAAUAAAGGAUAACUGAAAAUAUCCAACUAGAACUAUGCCUUGUAUCGUACCAACUUGCGAUCCGCAAACAAAUGCGACCGGGAAGCGCAAGUUUCCGCUGAAUCCCGCUUUGGCCGAGCGAUGGUUCCAGGCUAUCCGAGUCGGUUGUCAAGUAGUCAGUAGAGAUUGGUGUGAUUCCACAACAACCGACAUCAGUUCCUGGGAAAUUUGUGACAACCAUUUCGAUGAUGCAUGUCCAGCAGUUCCGGUUGAAGGUUACCAGGAACCAUCUCUUUUUUUCAAUGAUGAAGGCACGGAAAUAUCUGUGGCGACAUGUAGAAUAUGCUUGCAGUUUUUCAAAACGGACCAUGUUUUAAAAGCUGAUGACUAUUUAAAUCUACAUUUACACCUAUAUAAAGAAUUAGAUGUUAUUAGAAAUACUUUAACAACACCUGAAACAAUUUCCACAUGUAUAUGCCUUGAAUGCGUUGCGAAAAUUGAGAUCAUCAGCGCCGUUCAGUUAUUUUUCAAGCAUUCGACUGAAUCGAAGAAUGUGCUUCGUGAGCAUAUCAGCCAUGAAAUUGAAAAUGGCCUUACUGCUGAAAAAUCCGAGGAAACAGAUUUACUGAUAAAGCUGGAAAUACCGGCUGUUGAAAUUGAACCCGAAUCGGAAAUCCAAAACAAAACAGAUCGAAGCACAUACGACGAUAGAAACUGGAGAAGUCCUCGUGGUACUCGGAAGAAAUUAUUUUCUUGUGAUUUUUGUGAAAAGAGGUUCACUACAGAGAGAUAUGUGAAAUUUCAUAAGAAAACUUGUGGAAAAUCUAUACAAAGCUCACUUCAACUUGAAGGAAGUACAUACAAAAAUAAAACUGUCAUAAAUCAAGAAACAAGAAACGAUCAGAGUAAAUACUGUUGUUAUAAGUGUUCCAAAAGGUUUACGCAGAAAAAAUAUCUUAACCUGCACAUACGAGAGAAACAUGAAGAGGGAGUUAUCAAUCGACAGACUCACGAGUGUCUGAUCUGUGAAUUCGAGUAUCGCUUGGGCUCGGAACUGGAGUCCCAUAUACACAGGGAUCACGCCAGCGAAAUUUACCCGUACUUUAGAUGUAAGGAGUGUCGUAAAAAUUUCACCUCUCAGUUUUAUCUAGCUAUGCACAACCAGAUGCAUGGACAGUUAUCUUAAAUUGUCUAAUCGAUCGGUGGAAUUGACAAAUUAUUAUUCGGUCAUGGUAUUUCAUAGAGCUUUCGUUUUUAAGAACCCAACUAAUUAACAUACGAAAGCUACAAUAAAAGUGAAAUAAAUUUUGUUUUAUUUAA